CUGCCCGAUUCCAAGAUGGCGCCGAUAGCGGCUGCCAGACGACAAGAUGGCGGCGCGCGCGCUCCCGACUCUCCUCCCCCACCCGCCUUCGUGCCGGGAGCGCGACUCGCGUCGCCGUGCGCCGGUUGCUUUCCACCUGGGGUGGUGGUCCCGGCCGCCGGCCGCCGGCCGCCCGGCGCCAUGCGGUUCUUGUGCUGGUGGCAGGUACUGCUGUGGGUUCUGGGGCUUCCCGCCCGCGGCCUGGAGGUUGCAGAGGAAGGUGGCCAUGUGUGGGAACAGCAGCCUGCUGGACCGCUGCAGUCGGCGGCUGUGGAGAGGGCUGCAGAUUCUGACACCCAUAGUGACCCCAUGCUGGUGUUGUCUGUGAUUCCUGGGGAUGGGGAGGCCGAGGACAAGCAGAGUGCAGAGACAGGCACCUGUGGAGCAGGGGACCAGGAAGACUCCAGGUGCAGUGUCCGAGAGCGCCUCUUCUCCUUGGGCCCUGACCGAGAGGAGGACUACUACACUGAGCCCGAGGUGGCUGAGCCCGCUGCUGAGGACUCCAACAGCACUGAGAGCCUCAAGUCCCCCAAGGUGAACUGUGAGGAGAGGAAUGUGACUGGGCUGGAAAAUUUCACUCUGAAAAUCUUAAACAUAUCCCAGGACCUUAUGGAUUUUCUAAACCCAAAUGGCAGUGACUGCACCCUGGUCCUGUUCUAUACCCCAUGGUGCCGGUUUUCGGCCAGUUUGGCGCCUCAUUUUAAUUCUCUGCCCCGGGCAUUUCCAGCUCUUCACUUCUUGGCACUGGAUGCCUCUCAGCACAGCAGCCUUUCUACCAGAUUUGGCACUGUAGCUGUCCCUAAUAUUUUGUUAUUUCAAGGAGCUAAACCAAUGGCUAGAUUUAAUCAUACAGACCGAACACUGGAAACGCUGAAAAUAUUCAUUUUUAAUCAGACGGGUAUAGAAGCCAAGAAAAAUGUGGUGGUAACGCAAGCUGACCAAAUAGGCCCUCUUCCCAGCACUUUGAUAAAGACUGUGGACUGGCUGCUUGUGUUUUCCUUGUUCUUUUUAGUUAGUUUUACUCUGUAUGCUACCAUUCGAACUGAGAGUAUCCGGUGGCUAAUUCCAGGACGAGAGCAGGAACACGCAGAAUAGUGUGAAAGAUGUGGGCCUUCAGCCUUCCUUUAAAACCAGUGCUGUUAGUUUCUAAAUCUUCCCUACAGAAGUGUUGACUGCAUCUGGAAUCAGAUUAAAAGAUCCUGCAUUUGUUCAAUCACUGAAUGAGUUAAAAAAAAAUUAAACUGGUGUUUCACUAGAAUUGCAAUAAGCAAAUGCAAAGAUAUUAAAAUUUACUGUUCAUGUUUUUACCACUUGAACACAAUCUGAUAGUCUAAUCCAGUUGGAAAUGUGAAGAUACAUUGUGGUAGAGUAGAGAGGAAAAUGCCACUGUGGAUACUCUAGAGAAGGCAGAAAUGGAACUUCAGAUUAUCGUUUUAUAAAAUUCUUGGUUCCUUAAGAAUGUCUAAGAAGAUUGGUUUUCUACUUGCAACUUCUCUUCCAGGGUGGAUAAGCAGGAGAGCAUUAUGAGAAGGGCUACAAUGGCUAAGUGUGACCCUGUAAUAAACAACGGAUGGAAAAUAAACAUGUCAAAUACCCUGGUGUUUGUGAGCUCUGCUUUCACAGAGGAACGUGAAGUGUUUUUCAGGGCUGGCUCAAGUGGUGGAGACCCUGCCUAGCAAGCACAGGACCCUGAGUUCAAACCCCAGUACCACCAAAAAGAAAAAAAAAUGUGAUUUCAGUUGUUUCUAGGUGAGGCAGAUGUUAGGAUAAAGUGAAUGUUUAUAAUUAAAGUGCAUUUAUUAUCAGUUCUAUGCUAAAGCAUAAACUUUAGUCAUAGUUACUUAACCAGCAUGCAUUAAUUCAACCUAAAACGACUCAUCCCAGCCUAGGUUCAGUGAGGUUCAAAGGAAGCAUAUAAAACACUUCUUAGC